AUGGUUGGGAAGGGCUACUGUUGGAACGCCGCUAUCUGCCUGUGCUGCCUCGUUCUAGUGUCCAUAUGCAGUGGCGUCAAAGUGAGCAGGUACCAAUAUGGUAGACCCCCGAAGAGAAAUUGCCUCAUGGACAUUUCAGCCAGUGGGAUACCGCACAGGCUACCCAAGGGGGGGAAGGGAGAGCCAAUCAAAGGGUACAGCAGUACAGAUAAGUGUAUCCCAGGGGAUAAAGUCAACUUUGCCAAUCAGGACAAGCCCGAAGGUACGUGUCCCCCUGCCGGUCUCUGGAAUAUCCUAAUCAGCUGCUACGACCAGUGGGACGCCUUCCGCAACAGCUUCCUCCUGACUGUGGACGAAAAUCAGUGUGUGCGAGACAUUAAGCAGCAGAUUGAAAGGACAUAUGGAAUCCCCACCUCCUUUCAACAAAUUUUGUACCAAGGAAAAUCGCUUAAUGAUAAUGUAGUGAUUAAAAAAUUAACCAAAGAAUAUAAAAAGCUGUUACACCAAUUGGAGAAAAAAAAUUACGUGGUUGGUGAGGAAGACAUUUUUCACUCGUUCAGUGAAUUCGAUAAAGGAUUUCCCAAAUUGGUACAUGCUAAGGGGAUAAACUUGGAUCACAUAAAGAAAGAAAUUGAGGAGCUGCGACAUGUGGACAGAAAAAAGUUGCUGCUCCGUUUGGGGGUGGACUUUCCAUUAAUGAGUAAUCAGCUAGUCGAUAGGUUCAAGGAACUUGUUAACUUUUACUACCUGGGGGACAUAAAAUCUGUUAUAAAAUUUUCCCUUUUUUUUUUCAUCCUGUAUAAGUAUGCCAACUACCCCCCUUAUGUGAAACGUCUCUUCCUCUACCUGUCCAUUUGUUCUUUGUUGGCUCCGUGCAAGGCGGUGUACAUGCUCUUCCACUUUUCCUUUUUUUUCGUUCCCCGUGGGGUGCUCUUUCCGGGCCUCACGAAUAUCCUGUCCGCCUCCUACCAGCAGAUCCUCAUGUGUCAAUAG